AUGACAAAAGGAGGAAGUAAUCAUAAGAAUAACAAAGUCAAACCAAUAGAUAUUAACAAAAAAUUACUUAUAAUAAAAUGUAAUGAUGAUUUAAGAAAAUUAAUAAAUAAAGAAAAUCCAUCAGUGGAUGAAAUUAAUGAUAUAAAAAGUUUAUUAGAAAAUAAUGAAGUACAGGUUGAAAAGAAAAAAAGGAAUAUUGUUAUUCCACGAUUUAAAAUAUGUGAAGAUAGUGAAGAAGAAAAAAAAAUAAAAAAUAAAAAUAAUAUAAAUGUUAAUGAAAAAAGAAAUGAUAAUAUAAAUGAUGAUGCAGCAAAAAAUAAAACUUUAUCUGAUAAUAAUGAUAAUUAUGAUUAUGAUGAUGAAAAAAAAUAUAGUGUUACAAAAUUUGAGAAACCAUCACAUUAUAUAAGAUAUGAAUUAUAUAAAGAUCAAGUGACAGGAAUUAAAUUAAGCGAUGGUAGUAUUAUACAUUAUGAUUUAUUAAAAGAAGAUGAAAUAUUUUUAGAAGGAUUAAACUCCUAUUUAAAUAUACAAGUGAAUGAUGAAAGCUUCUGUAAAUUAAUAGAUAAAUUUGAGAAAUUAACAGGAAAUUCAGAUAAUAAGGAAGAAAUUAAUUUUAAAGAAGCAUUAAAGGCAGCGAGUGAUUUAAAAAUAAAUUAUAAAAGUAAUGUUAUAAAAGAUAUUUAUACAUAUUGGAAAAAUAAAAGAAAAAAAUUAGGAAGACCAUUAUUACGUAUGUUUUGGAAUAAUUCACAAAACAGUUUACCACAUUAUUCUGUGUUUAGACCUAGAGUUAAAGAAAAAAUGACUUUAAGAAAGCAUAAGAAAAAAAAUAGUGAAAUCAUUAUAAAAAUGCAAGAAUUAAUUCAAGAUUUUAGAAGAUUAGAUCGAAUCUUAAGAAAAAUCAAACAAAGAGAUGAAAAGAAACUGUUAUUAUUACAAUUAAAUGCUAUUCUAUUUGAUCAAAGAAUUAAUGAAAUUCAAGAUAAAACAUAUGUAUGUCCUAUGUGGAAUUAUUUUAAAGAUUAUAAAAUUGAAAAAAUUUAUAAAAAAUUUAAAAAAGAUAAAUAUUAUAAAAAUUCAUAUCACCAUCAAUAUAAUAAUAAUAAUAAUAAUAAUAUUAAUAAAUAUUAUUAUGAUGAAAAUGAAUAUGAAAAUUACAAUAUUGAUGCUAAUGAAGAUGGUUAUGUGAAUCAUAAUAAUAUUGACGAAUAUAUGAAUGAUAAUAUGGAUGAAUAUAUGAAUAAUAAUAUCGAUGGACAAUCACAUUAUAAUUAUAAAGAUUCAAUUUGUAAUAGAAAAAUAAAUAAAAAAUUGAAACAUUAUAUUAUGCAUCCAGAACAAAAGAAUUUACUAAAAAUUAAUCCUAAUGAAUAUAAAAACGUUGUCUUAAUUAAAAGAAGAGGAAGAAGUAAUCGUAUGUGGGUAGAUAGAAAGUAUGUAGACGAAAAUAAUAUAAAUAAUCAUGAAAUCAAUUAUUGUGAUCUUUCAUAUGCAUUUAAUGAUUUUGUUGAAGCAUCCUUAACAUUGAAAAAAAAUUACGAAGAGGAUGUUUCAAAUUAUUUAGCAGGAAAAACACGUAUACCUAUAAAACUGGACAUAAGAAAAAGAGAUUUAAAAAAUGUUGAUGAUUUUAAUACAUCCUUAUUUUGUAAUAACCAAAUUAAUGAUGAUUCUCUUUUUAAUGGAAUGUAUGAUGAAUUGAAUGGGGAGAGGAAAAGAAAGAGAAGGAAAAAAAAAGAGCAAGAAAAUGUAAAUGUCGAUGAAAAUUAUAUAAAUUCACAUAUAUUACUAGAAAAUAUGGGAGAUCAAUUUGCUCUUCAAGCGAAUAAUAAUAUAACUUGUGAUAAAACAAAAAUGAUAUUAAAUGACUGCAGUAACAAUAACAUCAACAAUAAUAAUAACAAUAUUAUUUGUAAUAAUAAUUUAGAUAUAAUACAAAAAAAUAGUACAACGAAUGCAAAUAAUGAGAUAUCUAAUUUGAAUAGUACUAAUAUUGUGACAUGUGAUAAUACGUCUAUUGCCAUUAAUAAUGAUGCAAAUAAUAGUGAUAUUAAACUCAAUUGUUUUAUAAAUAAAGGGAAUAAAAUAAAUAUGAAUGGACUAGAUUAUAAUAGUAGCUUAUUAUUUCAUAAAAAUAACACUGACGAAAAAAUGUUAAAUCAAUAUAUAUAUAAUAAAAGCAAUUUAUAUAAUAUGAACAAUAUAAAUGGCAACAUAAAAAAUAAUGAAGACAAUACAAAAAUGGUACCACAUAAUAUACUAUCCUUAGAACAACAAAAUUUAAAAUAUCAAGAUUUAUAUGAAAAAUAUGUUAACCCAAAUAUAACUAACAACAAUAAUAAUAAUAAUAUUAGUAAUAAUAAUAAUAAUAAUAAUAUGCCUUUUCCUAUGGUUAGUAGGAAUGGUAAAUAUGCUCCUUGCAUAUUCCCAAAAGAACAAAAUAAUAAAACAAUAUUUCAUUUUGAAGAUAUGAUUGACCCUUUAAUGAAUAAAGACAAUUAUUUAUUUUGCCUGAGUAAAUAUGUGUACGUACAAAAGAAAAUAUUAUUUUAUUUGGAACACUUAUUAAAUUUCGAUAAUUAUAAUUUUAAAAGUAAAAAAAAAGAGCUACCCAACAAUAAGGAUAUGAAUAUAAAAAUGAACACUAAUGAUAAUAUAAAUAAUGAUAAUUUAAAUAAGAACAAUAUAAAUUAUGAUGCUAUUAAUAAUAAAAAGAAUGAUGAUUUUAUUAAUAAUACAUUACCUGAGCUUAACGGAACAUGUCUUAAAAGUAAGACCUCAAAUAAGAGCAUAAAACAUAAAACACCAAAGGAAAACAAUAUCAAGUGA